AGUAAAGGUCAGUGGUGACGUCAAGACGUUCCCCGUAGUCCUGCCUUCUCGUCUUGCCGCUGUCUGCUGCUGGAGGUCGUUGGAGUCACUGGUUGCUCAGCGUGUAGCUCGGUGUGUCCGCCUCCGUUACCGUCAUGUUCUCCCGUAUUGCAAGACCCGCCGCGUCCGGCCUCAUCCGGGGACUCUCCACAAGCGCGCAGAACAAUGCUAGAGUGGCCGUACUUGGUGCAUCUGGAGGAAUCGGACAGCCUCUUUCUCUCCUCCUGAAGAACAGUCCAUUGAUCAGUAACCUGUCCCUCUAUGAUAUUGCCCACACACCUGGUGUUGCUGCAGACUUGAGCCACAUUGAAACCAGAGCAAAGGUGACAGGAUUCAUUGGAGCAGAACAGCUACCAGAAAGCUUGAAGGGUGCUGAUGUUGUAGUCAUCCCUGCUGGUGUCCCCAGAAAACCUGGGAUGACCCGUGAUGAUCUUUUCAACACAAAUGCAUCUAUUGUUGCUACACUUACUGAUGCUUGUGCAAAAACGUGUCCAACAGCCAUGAUCUGCAUAAUUGCCAAUCCGGUAAACUCAACAAUUCCGAUCACUUCAGAAAUGUUCAAAAAGCAUGGUGUUUACAAUCCUAACCGUAUUUUCGGUGUUACCACACUUGACAUUGUAAGAGCCAACACCUUUGUUGCAGAACUGAAGGGGCUUGAUCCAGCUCGUGUGAAUGUUCCUGUGGUUGGUGGACAUGCUGGCAAAACAAUUAUUCCACUGAUCUCUCAGAGCACCCCUAAGGUUGAAUUUCCCCAAGAUCAGUUGGAAGCACUUACCUUAAGAAUCCAAGAGGCGGGAACAGAGGUUGUCAAAGCUAAAGCGGGAUCAGGGUCUGCAACACUCUCUAUGGCCUAUGCUGGUGCACGUUUUGUGUUUUCUUUGCUGGAUGCCAUGAAUGGAAAGGAAGGAGUCAUUGAAUGCUCAUUUGUUAGAUCUGAAGAAACUGAGAGCACUUAUUUCUCAACUCCUCUACUGCUGGGGAAAAAUGGCAUUGAGAAGAACUUGGGCCUGGGAAAGCUGUCUGCCUAUGAAGAGAAGCUGGUAGCAGAGGCUAUGGGAGAGCUGAAGGGCUCUAUCAAAAAAGGGGAGGACUUUGCAAAGAGCUUCAAGUAAACGUAACCUGUACAGGAUGGUGGCUUCCAUUAACUUAUUGAAAUGUGACACUUAAGUGAACCCUACAAUAUAUGCUGUAAAGAUGACUUUUUAUAUUCAUGGCUUACAUGAUCACUUUACCUUCAGUACCAGAGACUUCCUCACAGCAUAUCUUAUGGGCUCCUUUAAUAGCACUUAAAUCAAAUACGUUUACCAACAAAAAGCAAAUACUGUUGACUCAGAUUGUGGAUUAAACAUCAUAUUUUUCUUUGUAA